AUUUAAAUAUUUAUAUUGAAAAUUGUUUAUAAAUAUCGUUAUUGAAAAGAUGUUUGCAAAAAAGUGUUAAAUUAUUAAGUUUAAAAUAAGUUUCAAAAUUUGCAAAAAUUCAAUGCAAUUUUCGUCGAGCGCCGGUCGGUGUUUUCUUUUGUCGUGUCUUUCGUUUUGUUAAGUGAUGUGAAUGUAUUAUUCCAUGGUGGUAAUGGUAGAGUUUGGAAAGAAGAAAAGUUUAGUUUGAAAAAAGUGUGAUGAGAAAAGGCGUAAAGUAGAAUGAAAAAAAGUUAAAGAAAAAGAAUUGUGGGGUAUGCAUGCAAGUAAAUAUGUACAUAUAUGUAUGUAUGCAUGUGUUGUUAAGGGGAAAUAUUGUUUUUGUAAGCAAGGCAAUACUAACGGGAGAAUAACGUUAAUUGAACAACAAAAGGAAAAGAAACUGAAGGUGAAUUAACGCGUAAACAAAAAGUCACAUUACCCUGGGGUCCACUUUACUGUGUGCUGCAACAGGAUGAACAAUCAUUUACCGCAUAUUGCAGUGAAGAGAUAUCGUUAACCGAUAUUAUGUGUAAUGAAUAUCCCCGCGUACGUUUAGAUCGUAUUCGUCGUCCCAAUAAAAUCGUUUGGGAUGGACCACCAACACUACAAGAGGAAGAAGAAGAUUCCGAAGAUACCUGCCCCAUGGAUAUAGCAUUAAAUACAACAUUAUAUAGUGAUUUAGUUUUAAAACAUUUUAAAGUAAACUUAUACGCAACUUAGCAAGAAUAGCAACAAAAACAACAACAAUAAUGGCAACUAUAACAAAAUAGAUUUACCAAUAACAACAGAGUCAAAAUAACAACCACAAAAUUAACAAACAAACAAACAAACGAGCGAACAUUAGUAGUUUUUUCAUACACCCAUGAAUGAAUGAAUGAAAUUUGUCUUAAAGGAAAAAAAAAACUUAAAAAUCUUAAAAAAUGCCAACGUUCAAGCUCAUUGUGUGAGUUAAAGUUAAAGGAAGGCAAACGGUAAAGUUUUCUUAAAAAUCUACACAAAUUAAAACUUUAGCUGAAUUUAUUUGAAAUUGUGUUUUAAGUCUUGCUGAAUUACCUAAAACCUUAGCUGAAUUGCUUAAAACUUAGCUGAAUUGCAGAAAUACUAAGGGAAAAGUUAAAAUAAAAGAAAAUUUAUCAUAAGUUUUUCUUAGCUGAAUUACUUAAAACUUAGCUGAAUUGUAGAAAUACUAAGUGAAAAGUUAAAAUAAAAGGUAAUUUAUCAAAAAUUGUGGUUAAAGUCUUGCUGAAUUGCCUAAAACCUUAGCUGAAUUGUAGAAAAGUCGCAGAAAACGUUAAG